UCGUAAAUUAUCGUGAACCGAAAACGCCGUGAUGUUGGCCACUAUUGAUUAUCAACGUGUAAAUCGCCGUAACCACGGUAUAAAAUACGCUGUGGACGCUACGAUAUUAUCAUCGUAUUAUUGUGUGGUAUAAUAACCACGGAACCGAAUAAAAUCCCCUCCGGUUUGUGCCCAGUGCCGGACCGCGGAUUUCCAACGCGUAUCGACAACCGUAAACAUUUUGUGCGUGAACUGUGGGCAAUAUUUAUUGUUUGUGUGUGUUUUGUUUAUACGUACAUUUUCAGUAAAACGGUCGGUCGAGAUUGUUCAUGGUAUUGAAUUGUUACUAUUGUAAUUGGGUUCAACGUUGAAAAUCGUCGACCGUUGAACAAUGGUUGUUUCAGAUCUGCCUAAAAGUCGCAAGGAAAAAAUGGAAGGAGAUCAAUCCGAUAAGGAAAACAAAAGAGAAGAACAUAAUAUUAAGAAGAAAAAGCGUAGUCGUUCAUCUAGCAGUGGUUCAAGUAGUAGUCGUUCUUCAUCUAGUAGUUCACGUUCCGGCAGUGGGUCUUCAGGAUCUAGUAGUCGUUCAAGCUCAAGUAGUUCAGGUUCUAGUUCACAUUCUAGCUCUAGCUCUUCAAGUUCAAGUAGUUCUUCAGGAACUUCUGCUGGUCGUGCAAAAGCAAAAGCAAAGCAACCAAGAUCAAAAAGCAAAACAAAGAGCAGAAGUCGCAGUCCAAGAAAAUCUAGACGUGAUGAUGAAGACAAAUUAAAAAAAGUUGAAAGUAAAACAAAAAUAUCUCGGAAAUCUAGAUCAGGUAGCCCAAAAAGACGUAAGAAGGAAAGGUCCCCAACUCCUAAACCAUGUCGUAUUCAUGUCGGUCGUUUAACCCGUAACAUUACUAAGGAGCAUAUUCAAGAAAUCUUUUCUGAUUUUGGAACUAUAAAAGAAGUAGAUCUGCCUUUAGACAGAUUCAAUAAAUUGUGUAAAGGUUUUUCUUACAUUGAAUAUUCUUCGCCAGAAGAAGCUGAAAAUGCUAUGAAACAUAUGGAUGGAGGUCAAAUUGAUGGACAAGAAAUAACUUGUGCACCUGUCUUAUUACCUCGUCCAGCUGUUCGGAGAAGUCCUAUCCGUCGUGGCGGCUGGGGUGGUGGUGGUGGUGGGGGUGGUGGUGGCGGCGGUGGGGGUGGCCGUCGAAGAAGUCCACCACGCUACAGGCGUAGAUCACCUAUGCCAAUUAAACGACGUUCACCUCGUCCACGUAGAAUGAGAUCUCGCUCUAGAUCUCCAAGAAGACGUAAGCACAGUCGUACUGGAUCAAGCAGUUCUGCCUAAAUGCUGAUUUAUUGUAACAUAUAUUAGAUUAUUACUUAGAAUUGGGGAAAGUGGAAAUAAGCUCAUUGUUUUUCAUUUAUAUACAUUACUGCUAUAUUAUCUAUUUCCAGUACACCUUUAAUUUCAAAUGAAGACAAAUCAUUUUUGUGUUAACUUCAUAUUUUUUAAAAUGUUGACUUCAAUAUAUUUUUAUGCAUGUAUUGAAUUUAGUAUGAAAUUUAGUAUUUAUUGAAGUACUGAUUCCAAUUAAUACUUUUGUCAUUUUAAAUACUAAUAUAAUAUUAAAACAAUU